AUGAAUUACAAAACAGAUAUUAAUGUUUUAAAAGAUAUAGUUAAGAAGUAUAUUUUUUCAGAUCCAGAAUUACAAAAAGUUGUUAUACCCGCACUUGCUGUACUUAUAAUGGGUAAAUUUAUACAAGUAAAAGCUGCAGCACAAGUUAAAGAUUUAUCUGAGCUUAUCAAAGAUAAGCAUCUUAGUUUUGGAUUUCUAUGUAAAUUUGGGUUUUACAUGUUAGUUUCCAUAUCGAUAUCUGAAUUUUCAUCUGCUUGGUUGUGUAAGUUUGGACAAAGGGGGUAUAGAAAUGCUGCCAAAGAUGGAUAUGAAUAUUAUUUAAGAUUACAUCCAACAGACUAUUCAAGUAUUGGUAAAGGAACAAUUCAGAACAAUAUAAAGAGAAGAGCAAGUGCGGUCAAAGAUACCAUUGAUGUUUUAACUCUUAACUUUACUCCUUUAAUAUUCACUUUAAUAUUUUCUUUUUGGAACAUUUUUCAUAAUAUGAACUUAAAAUCACUACUUUUAAUAUGUUUUGCUAUUUUCUUAUAUAUUUAUUUAACCAUUAAAAUAACUAUUUGGAGAAAUAAGAUCAGAGAAGAUUUAAUAGAAUCUACUAAUAAAAAUCAAAAUAUUUUAAUUGAUGGUUUGAAUAAUUUUGAGGUUAUUUAUACUUCUGCAACUGAAAAAUAUGAAAUUAAUAGAUAUAACAAAUAUUUAAAAGUUACUGAAAAGGAAAAUACUUAUCUGACUAGAACUAUGUAUUUUCUUAAUUUUGUACAAGGAAUUAUUUGGGAAUCUGCUAUUUUCAUUUUAAUAUUCUUCAAUUACUUUGUGAUGUCAAAGAAUGAUAAAAACAUAUCAGAAAUUGGUUAUAUUUUAACUAUGACGGGUAUGCUUAAAUCAUCACUAUUUAAUAUUGGUUUUAUGUAUGGAAAGUAUAAAUCAGGUAUAAUGAAUUUUAGACUAACUAACAAACCAAGUAGAAGUAUUAAAACUUUAGGUAAGACAAAAUUUGGAGAAUUUAAGAAAGCAAUCAGUGUUUAUGAUCUAACAAUGUGUUAUGGUGAUAAAAUUAUACUUGAAUCAGUUAAUUUUAAUAUUUUGAAAGGUGAAAAAAUUGCCUUAAUUGGAAGUAAUGGUUGUGGUAAAUCAACUUUGUUAAAGAGUUUGUUAAAACUCAAUGGGGCUAAUGGUUAUAUUUUUAUAGAUGAUCAUGAUGUUGAAAGAAUUAUAGAUGAGGAUUUUAGAAAGUUAAUCACUUACAUCCCUCAAAACCCAACACUUUUUGAUGAAGAUGUCAAGUACAACAUUAAAUAUAACCAUCAGAAAGUAUUUGAUGAUGCGAUGUAUUCAUUGGCCAGUAAGAUGGGUUUACAUGAUGAUAUAGUAAGACUGAAUGCAGGGUAUGAAACCUUAUGUGGUGAAAAUGGAACACUUUUAAGUGGAGGAGAGCGUCAAAAGAUUUUCUUCUUAAGAGCUUUACUUAGUGAAAUUCCAGUACUGGCAUUAGAUGAGGCUACAUCAGCAUUAGACAAAAAAUCAGAAGAAAACAUUUUUUCUAGAAUUUCUAAAAUGAAAGAUUUAACUGUUAUUGCUAUUGUACACAAUUUGGAGUUAUUGAAAUAUUUUGAUAAAAUUUUAAAAGUUGAGAAUAGAAAGGUUCAUGAAAUACCUUUAAAUGAAUUAAAACUAAACUAA